AUGGGGCUGCCGCUAGCCCGCCUGGUGGCCAUCUGCCUGGCCCUGAGCUCUGCUGGGUGUGCAGAGCUCCAGAGAGAGGGCAGGACCCAGAACCAUGGCCACAGCGUCUGCAGCACUUGGGGCGACUUCCACUACAAGACCUUCGACGGGGACAUCUUCCGCUUCCCGGGCCUGUGUGACUACAACUUCGCGUCCGACUGCAGGGACUCCUACAAGGAGUUUGCAGUGCACCUGAAGCGGGGCUCGGGCAGCGCUGGGGGGCACCCCCAGCUCGAGCACAUCCUGCUGAACAUCAAGGACGACACCAUCUACCUCACCCGCCAUCUGGCUGUGGUCAACGGGGCCAUGGUCAGCACCCCGCACUACAGCUCUGGGCUGCUCAUCGAGAAGAGCGACGCCUACACCAAGGUCUACUCCCGCGCUGGACUCACCCUCAUGUGGAACCGGGAGGACUCACUCAUGCUGGAACUGGACAGUAAGUUCCGGAACCACACGUGUGGCCUCUGCGGGGACUACAACGGCCUGCAGACUUACUCCGAGUUCCUGUCUGAGGGCGUGCUCUUCAGUGCCCUCGAGUUCGGGAACAUGCAGAAGAUCCACAAGCCUGAGGUGGUGUGCGAUGACCCCGAGGAGGCGCCGGCCCUGGAGUCCUGCUCUGAGCACCGCACUGAGUGCGAGAAGCUGCUGACGGCCGCAGCCUUCGAGGACUGCCGGGGCCUGGUGCUGCUGGAGCCUUACGUGCAGGCGUGCGUGCGGGACCGCUGCGGGUGCCCGGCGGGCUCCUCCUGCACCUGCAGCACCCUCGCCGAGUUCUCCCGCCAGUGCUCCCACGCGGGCGGGCAGCCCCGGAACUGGAGGACCGCCGAGCUCUGCCCCAAGAGCUGCCCCGGGAACAUGGUUUACCUGGAGAGCAGCUCGCCCUGCAUGGACACCUGCUCACACCUGGAGGUCAGCAGCCUGUGUGAGGAGCACCGCAUGGACGGCUGUUUCUGCCCGGAAGUGGUGGCUUCGGGGGGUCUGGGGGGGGACUCCUUCCUGGUCAUCACCCUGUGCGCACACGUCCUGCUGCCCCGCUCGUGGAGCCUGGAGGCCCCCAGGAAGGUGGUCUGGAGGCCAGGCUCCCACGGCACGGGUAUCUGCACCGCCGGCCGCUGGGUGUGCCAAGACCUGGCAUGCCCGGGCACCUGUGCCCUGGAGGGCGGCUCCCACAUCACCACCUUUGAUGGGAAGAAGUACACCUUCCACGGGGACUGCUACUACGUGUUGAUCAAGGGCGACCACAACAACUCCUACGCCCUCCUGGGCGAGCUGGCCCCCUGCGGCUCCACGGACAAGCAGACCUGCCUGAAGACGGUGGUGCUGCUGACUGACAGCAGGAAGGACGUGGUGGCCUUCAAGUCGGAUGGCAGCGUCCUGCUGAACGAGCUGCAGGUGAACCUGCCCCACGUGACGGCCAGCUUCUCCAUCUUCCAACCGUCCUCCUACCAUCUCAUGGUGAGCACCGCCUUCGGCCUCAGGCUGCAGGUCCAGCUCAUGCCCGUCAUGCAGCUCUUCGUGACGCUGGACCAGGCUGCCCAGGGGCGCGUGCAGGGCCUCUGCGGGAACUUCAACGGCCUGGAAGGGGAUGACUUUAAGACAGCGGGCGGGCUGGUGGAGGCCACGGGGGCCGGCUUUGCCAACAGCUGGAAAGCCCAGGCGAGCUGCCACAACAAGCUGGACUGGCUGGACGACCCCUGCUCCCUCAACAUCGAGAGCGCCAACUAUGCCGAGCACUGGUGUUCCCUGCUGAAGAAGACAGAGACCCCCUUUGGCAGGUGCCACUCAGUCGUGGACCCCUCGGACUAUUACAAGAGGUGCAGAUAUGACACGUGUAACUGCCAGAACAGUGAGGGCUGUAUGUGUGCUGCGCUGUCCUCCUACGCCCGCGCCUGCGCCGCCAAGGGCGUCAUGCUGUGGGGCUGGCGGGAGCAAGUCUGCAACAAGGACGUGGGCGCCUGCCCCAACUCACAGGUGUUCUUGUACAACCUGACCACCUGCCCGCCCACCUGCCGCUCGCUCUCCGAGGCCAACGCCCACUGCCUUCAGGGCUUUGCGCCCGUGGACGGCUGCGGCUGCCCAGACGGCACCUUCCUGGACGAGAAGGGCCGCUGCGUGCCACUGGCGAAGUGCUCCUGCUACCACCGGGGCCUCUACCUGGAGGCUGGGGAAGUGGUGCUGAGGCAGGAGGAGCGCUGCGUCUGCCGCAACGGGAGGCUGCACUGCGUGCAGGUCAGGCUGCUCGGCCAGAGCUGCUCGGCCCCAAAGAUCCACAUUGACUGCAGCAACCUGACAGCGCUGACCAUCCAGAACUCGCAACCUACCAGCUGCCAGACGCUAGCUGCCGGCCACUAUCAGACGGAGUGUGUCAGCGGCUGCGUUUGCCCGCAAGGGCUGAUGGACGACGGCCGUGGCGGCUGCGUUGUGGAGGAGGAGUGCCCGUGUGUGCACAACACAGACCUGUACGCCCCCGGGGACACGAUCAAGGUGGACUGCAACACGUGCACCUGCCGGAGAGGGCGCUGGGCGUGCACCGAGUCGCUGUGCUACGGCUCCUGCGUCAUCCACGGGAACGGCCACUACGUCACCUUCGACGGGAAGUACUAUGACUUCGACGGGCACUGCUCCUACGUGGUGGCCCAGGACUACUGUGGCCAGAACUCCUCCUCGGGCUCCUUCGGCAUCUUCACCGAGAAUGUUCCCUGUGGCACCACGGGGGUCACUUGCUCCAAGGCCAUCAAAAUCUUCUUGGGGAGGACGGAGCUGAAGCUGGAGGACAAGCGCCGCCUGGUGAUCCAGCGGGACACGGGCCCCCACGUGGCCUACACCACGCGGGAGGUGGGCCAGUACCUGGUGGUGGAGGCCAGCAUCGGCAUCAUCGUCAUCUGGGACAAGAAGACCACCAUCUUCAUCAAGCUGGCCCCGUCCUACAAGGGCACGGUGUGCGGGCUGUGUGGGAACUUUGACCACCACUCCAGCAACGACUUCACCACAAGGGACCACAUGGUGGUGGACAGCGAGCUGGACUUCGGGAACAGCUGGAAGGCGGCCCCCAACUGUCCAGACGUGAGCGUCACCCCGGAUCCAUGCACCUGGAACCUGCACCGCCUCUCCUGGGCCAAGAAGCAGUGCAGCAUCAUCAAGAGCUCCGUCUUUGGCAUCUGCCACAGCAAGGUGGACCCCAAGCCCUUCUACGAGGCCUGCAUCCAUGACUCGUGCUCUUGCGACACCGGCGGGGACUGUGAGUGCUUCUGCUCCGCCGUGGCCUCCUACGCUCAGGAGUGUACUAAGGAGGGGGCCUGUGUGUUCUGGAGGACGCCGGACGUGUGCCCCAUAUUCUGUGACUACUACAACCCCCCGGACAAGUGUGAGUGGCACUAUGAGCCCUGUGGGAACCGUAGCACUGAGACCUUCAGGACCAUCAACGGCAUCCACUCCAACAUCUCCGUGUCCUACCUGGAGGGCUGCUACCCCCGGUGCCCGAAGGACAGGCCCAUCUAUGAUGAGGACCUGAAGCAGUGCGUCACGGCAGACAAAUGCGGCUGCUAUGCUGGGGACACCCGCUACCCGCCUGGAGGAUCCGUUCCCACCAACGAGGGCUGCCUGUCUUGCGUGUGUACCAGCACCUCGGAAGUUGUCUGCCGGCCAGAAGAAGGGAAGAUUGUCAACUACACCCAGGACGGCUUCUUCUGCUACUGGGAGAUCUGUGGCCCCAACGGGACGUUGGAGAGAUACUUCAACAUCUGCAUAACCUCAACCUCCCAGCCGCCCUCCACCACGAUCCCCGUCACCCCCAGUAGCCCCCUCACCACCACCACCACCACCACCACCACCCCAACCCCCAGCACAGGUAGAACCCAAGGCCACACACCCUUCACCCCCCCGAGGCUGUGCUGUUCCUGGUCCGACUGGAUCAAUGAGAACCACCCCACUACACACAGUGAUGGUGGAGACCGGGAGACCUUCGACGGUGUCUGCAGAGCCCCUGAGGACAUCGAGUGCAGGUUGGCCGCAGAGCCCCACCUCAGCUGGGAGCAGGCGGGCCAGAAGGCGUGGUGCAAUGUCUCCUUUGGGUUCAUUUGCUACAAUGUAGACCAGUUUGGAAACGGGCCAUUUGCAGUCUGUUAUGACUACGAGAUACGUGUCAAUUGCUGCGUGCCAAUGGAUGAGUGUCACCUGUCCACACCCACGGCCCCCACGACCACUCCCACCACCUUCACCAUGACCACGACCUCCACACCUACACCAGAACCCCCGACUACCACCACCACCACCACCACGGGCACCCCAACCCCAACAUCUACCACCACCACCACUCCGACCACCACGCCGACCACCAUGCCGACCACCAUGCCGACCACCACACCGACCACCACCAUCACCACCAUGCCGACCACCACUCCGACCACCACUCCGACCACCACUCCGACCACCACCAUCACCACCAGUCCAACCACCACGCCGACCACCACUUUGACCACCACGCCGACCACCACUCUGACCACCACGCCGACCACCACGCCAAACACUACACUGACCACCACUCCGACCACCACGCCGACCACCACGCUGACCACCACUCCGACCACCACCAUCACCACCACUCCAACCACCACACCAACCACCACUCCGACCACCACGCCGACCACCACCACCACAGGCACACCAACCUCGACUCCCACCAUCACCACCACCAUAGGCACAGAGACCCCAACCCCAACACCUACUCCGACCACCACAACCACCUCGAUGUCCACACCUACUCCAGAACCCCCGACCACCACCACCACCACGCCUACCCCAGGAUCAACCACCACAGGGCCAACAAUCUCUCCCUGUGUGCCUCACUGCAACUGGACGGGCUGGUUGGAUUCAGGUAAACCAAGCUUUACCAAACCGGGUGGAGACAUUGAAUCAAUUAAGAACGUCUGUAAAGGAGGCUUGGCAGUCAACAUCUCCUGCAGAGCCACACAGUUUCCCAACGUGCCCAUUGAAGAACUUGGGCAGGAUGUGGUGUGUAACCUCUCUGUUGGGCUGGUGUGUAGAAAUGAAGACCAGAAGCCAGGGGGGAUCAUGCCACAGGCCUUCUGCCUCAACUAUGCGAUCAAUGUCCAAUGCUGUAUAAUGCCUGACGACUGUAUCCCUGUAACUGUUACUACCACCACCCCGACCACCACCUCCACCAUCACCACCACCUCGGGCACUGAGACUCCAACACCUACCAUCACCACCUCUCCAACAACCACCAUGACCACCACUCCUACCACCACCACCACAGGCACCCCAACUCCGACCACCACCACCACAGGCACCCCGACCCCGACCCCCACCCCAACCACCACGACGACCACCACCACCACGGGCACCCCGACCAUCACCACUACCACGGGCACUGAACCUGCAGGUAAGACCACCAUGCCAAAACCCCCACCUGAGCCCUCCUUUCCUCCAGACUCUCAGUUCAUCUUUCCUCCUUCCACAGAAUCAACCACGCUUCUGACCAGCACCCCAAUAAUCACGAAGACAUCCAGCACACUGUCGCCCUCCCCGCCAACAGAAACAAAGGGCACUACCACAGGAAGCACCUCGCCUUCUCCGCCCAUUCCUGCUGCCAGCACUCCAGGCAUGCAGACCUCCGGUCCCACCUCCUCGAAGACCACCCCCACCAGUGAAACUACAACCGGGCCCCCCUCGCCCACCCCAGGAGCCCCCUCCACGCCCACUCCCACGACUGUGUCAACGACCACCACAGGAACCUCCACACCGCCCACACCGUCCAGGCCACAGACCGCCAGCCCCACGACCUCCCAUGUGCCCACCCCUACACUGACCCCGAUCUCCACCCCCAACCUCACCAUAAGCACGGGCUCAGUCAUCUCCUCCCCUCAUGUCAUCUGCUGCGUUUUGAAUGACACCUACUACGCACCAGGUGAGAUGGUAUACAACGGCACACACGGGGACACCUGCUAUUAUGCGAACUGCUCGCAGUACUGCACCAUCGAGAUCUUCAACUGGUCAUGCCCGUCCACACCCUCCCCAACACCCAGCCCUUCCAAGCUGGCACCCACUUCAACACCCAAACCACCCACGCCCACAGCAUCGAGCACACCGGCCACCACCAAGCCCCCUGCGUGCCCAGACUUUGCUCCUCCCAGACAGGAGAAUGAGACGUGGUGGCUGUGUAACUGCACAAUGGCGAUUUGCAAGUACAACAACACCGUGGAGCUCGUGGAGAUGGAGUGCGAGGUCCCGCCCAAGCCCACCUGCUCCAACGGCCUCCAGCCCGUGCUCGUCAAGGGUCCCCACGACUGCUGCCAGCAUUGGGAGUGCGACUGCUACUGCACAGGCUGGGGGGACCCUCACUACGUCACGUUCGACGGGCUGUACUACAGCUAUCAGGGUAACUGCACGUACGUGCUGGUGGAGCGGAUCGCCUCCACGCUGGACAACUUCGGGGUCUACAUCGACAACUACCACUGUGACGUCAACGACCAGGUGUCCUGCCCCCGCACACUCAUUGUGCGUUACGAGUUCCAAGAGGUGCUGAUCAAGACGCUGCAGAUGAUGCCCAUCAAGGUUCAGGUGCAGGUCAACAGGCAGGUGGUGGCCCUGCCCUACGUGAAGAGUGAGCUGCAUGUGUACCAGUCCGGCAUCAACUACAUGGUGGAAAUCUCCGAGCUGGGCGCCCUCAUCUCCUACAACGGACUUUCCUUCUCCAUCAGGCUGCCCUACCACCUGUUUGGCAACAACACCAAGGGCCAGUGUGGCACGUGCACCAACAACACCGCGGACGACUGCGUGCUGCCCAGUGGGGAGGUUGUUGCCAGCUGCGAGUUCGCAGCGGAGCAGUGGAUGGUGAACGACCCCUCCAAGCCGCACUGUCCCCAAACCAGAGUCACCACCAAGGGUCCGACCAUCACGCCGCCGGGGGGCAGCACCACUUCCCACAGGGACUGCACCUCUCCUCUCUGCGAGCUCAUGAAAGACAGCUUGUUUGCCCCAUGCCACGCCCUGGUACCCCCCCCGCACUACUACGAAGCCUGCAUGUUCGACAGCUGCCUUGUGCCUGGCACAGGCCUGGAGUGCGCCAGCCUGCAGACCUACGCCACCCUCUGUGCCCAGGCGAACGUCUGCAUCGACUGGCGGAACCACACCCACGGGGUCUGCUCGGUGACAUGCCCGCCUCACAGGGAGUACCGGGCCUGUGGUCCUGCAGACGAGCCCUCCUGCGAGUCUAGCUUACAGAAGAGCACCGGCCUGGUGGAAGGCUGCUUCUGCCCCGAGGGCACCAUGAACUACGCCCCAGGAUUCGACAUCUGUGUGGAGUUGUGUGGCUGUGUGGGACCUGACGAUGUGCCUAGAAAGUUCGGGGAGCACUUUGAGUUCAACUGCAAGGACUGCGUGUGCCUGGAGGGCGGGCGUGGCAUCAUCUGCCAGCCCAAGGAGUGCCGCCAGGAGCCGGUCACCUGCACGGAGGACGGCACCUACCCGGUCACGGAGGUCAACCCGGCGGACAUGUGCUGUAACAUCACGACCUGCAAAUGCAAUACCAGCCUGUGUGAGGGGUUGCCGCCCAAGUGCCCACUGGGCUUUGAAGUGAGCAGCAAGGCCAGUCCUGGGAAGUGCUGUCCGUCCUACUCUUGUGUGCCCAAGGGUGUGUGCGUUCACGGGAAUGCUGAGUACCAGCCCGGGUCCCCAGUGUAUUCCUCCAAGUGCCAGGACUGUGUCUGCACCAGCGACAGGAACAGUAGCUCACAGCUCAACGUCAUCUUCUGCACCCACGUGCACUGCAAUAACUCCUGCAGCCCCGGCUUUGAGCUGGUGGACGUCCCUGGGGAGUGCUGUGGCAAGUGUCAGCAGACCCACUGCAUCAUCAAAAGACCCGGCAUGGAGAACAUGAUCCUAAAGCCCGGGGACAUAAGUCAUGACCCCACGAACAAUUGCACCUUCUUCAGCUGCGUGAAAAUCCACAACCAGCUCAUCUCCUCCGUCUCCAACAUCACCUGCCCUGACUUUGACCCCAGCAUCUGCCUCCCGGGCUCCAUCACACUCAUGCCCAACGGAUGCUGCAAGAAAUGCAUCCCUCGCAAUGAGACCAGGAUCUACUGUUCCACCGUCCCCGUUACCAAGGAAAUUUCUUACUCCGGCUGCACCAAGAAAGUCACAAUGAAUUCCUGCUCUGGGUCCUGUGGGACCUUUGUCAUGUACUCGGUGCGGGCCCAGGCCCUGGACCGCCGCUGCUCUUGCUGUAAGGAGGUGCGCACCAGCCAGCGAGAGGUACAGCUGAACUGCCCUGACGGCCGCUCCCUGAAGCACACCUACACCCACAUCGAGAGCUGCCUGUGUAGGGACACCGUGUGUGAGCUCCCGCAGGCUCCGCACCGCGUCUCUCACCACUCCCGGAGCGCCAGCCCCAGGGGCCUGCCCCCGGGGAGGGAUUGA